AUGGUGCUGGACGAACUGUGGGCCAUGCUGUAUGGAGCCUCUGGGGUUGCCCUGGCUUGUUGUUUGGUGGUGGUGGCCGUGGCCCUGCGCUGGUCCGGACACCAGACUGCACGGGCCGCGGCGGCCCGAGCUCGGCAGAGGCAGCGAGCCAGCCUGGAGACCAUGGACAAGGCGGUGCAGCGCUUCAGGCGCCAGAACCCAGACGUGGACUCAGAGGCACUGCUGGCCCUGUCCCUGCCUCAACUGGUGCAGAAGUUACGCAGUGGGGAGCUGUCCCCAGAGGCUGCCCUCUUCACCUACGUGGGAAAGGCCUGGGAAGUGAACAAAGGAACCAACUGUGUGACUUCCUAUCUGGCUGACUGUGAGACUGAGCUGUCCCAGGCCCCCAGACAGGGCCUGCUCUAUGGGGUCCCUGUGAGCCUCAAAGAGUGCUUCACCUACAAGGGCCAGGACUCGACGCUGGGCUUAAGCCUGAACGAGGGGAUGCCCGCAGAGUGUGAUAGUGUGGUGGUGCGUGUGCUGAAGCUGCAAGGCGCCAUACCCUUUGUGCACACCAAUGUCCCCCAGUCCAUGUUCAGCUAUGACUGUAGUAACCCCCUCUUCGGCCAGACUGUAAACCCCUGGAAGUCCUCCAAGAGCCCAGGUGGCUCCUCAGGGGGUGAGGGGGCCCUGAUUGGGUCUGGAGGCUCCCUCCUGGGCUUAGGCACUGACAUUGGAGGCAGCAUCCGAUUCCCCUCUGCCUUCUGUGGCAUCUGUGGUCUCAAGCCCACAGGGAACCGUCUCAGCAAGAGUGGCCUGAAGGGCUGUGUCUAUGGACAGGUGGCAGUGCAGCUCUCCGUUGGUCCCAUGGCUCGAGAUGUGGAGAGUCUGGCACUGUGCCUGCGAGCCCUGUUGUGUGAGGACAUGUUCCGCUUGGACCCCACCGUGCCCCCCCUGCCCUUCAGAGAAGAGGUCUACAGAAGCUCUCAGCCCCUGCGUGUGGGGUACUACGAGACUGACAACUAUACUAUGCCCACCCCGGCCAUGAGGCGGGCCCUGCUGGAGACCAAGAAGAGCCUUGAGGCUGCUGGCCACACGCUGGUCCCCUUCUUGCCAAGCAACAUACCCUAUGCCCUGGAGACCCUGGCGACAGGUGGGCUGUUCAGUGAUGGUGGCCACAGCUUCCUACAGAACUUCAAAGGUGAUGUUGUAGACCCCUGCUUGGGGGACCUGAUCUUAUGUCUGAGGCUGCCCAAGUGGCUUAAAGGACUGCUGGCCUUCCUGCUGAAGCCUCUGCUCCCAAGGCUGGUGGCUUUCCUCAGCAACAUGAAGCCUCGGUCGGCUGGAAAGCUCUGGGAACUGCACCAUGAGAUUGAGGUGUACCGCAACACCGUGAUUGCUCAGUGGAGAGAGUUAGACCUGGAUGUGCUGCUGACUCCCAUGCUAGGCCCUGCUCUAGACUUGAAUGCCCCAGGCCAGGCCACAGGGGCUGUCAGCUACACUCUGCUCUACAACUGCUUGGACUUCCCUGCUGGGGUGGUGCCUGUCACCACCGUGACUGCCGAGGAUGAGGCCCAGAUGGAACAUUACUCAGGCUACUUUGGGGAUAACUGGGACAAAGCAUUUCAGAAGGCUACAAGGAAGAGCGUGGGACUGCCCAUGGCUGUGCAGUGCGUGGCUCUGCCCUGGCACGAAGAGUUGUGUCUGCGGUUUAUGCGGGAGGUGGAACAAUUAAUGACCCCUGAGAAGCGGCCAUCCUGACAACUCCGGCUACAGGGGACUGAGACCCUCAGGCUCUGCGGCCCAGCCUACUCACAGCACAGCUGCCACCAGUGAGGAAAUGUUCAGCAAGACAUGCAAAUACUCUGAGUCUGGACCUCGCUCCCCUCUGGUCUCCUUUCCCUGCCCUGAUUCCCACCCCUGUGUGGCAGCCAGUCAGUAUGACAUGGGCCAAGGCCUAACUAACAAUUGAAACAGUUCUUCAUCUGUGUA